CAUUUGUGGUUGCCUAAGGCUCAUGUUGAGGCUUCUACUGUUGCUAGGAUGCUAUUGGCUAUGCUGUUAUUUAAACUUGGUUAUGUUGGCUUUGUUCGUAUUAUAAGUAGUCUGUUUCUUCUUAUAAUUGUAUUUUUCAAAGAGAUGAGAGGAAAUCUUUAUUGUGGUUCUAGUCGUAUGGUUUAUUGGUUUUUUGGUGGUGGUUUGUUUUUUGUUUUUUUAUUGUGUUUAGUUUUUAUAUCUAAUAUAGGGGUUCCUCCUUCUUUGUCUUUUUUUUCUGAGUUUUUGGCUGUUGGUUCUAUGGUUAUAUCUUUUUUUAUCUUUUUACUAUUCUAUUUAUUCUAUUAUUCUAUUUAUUCUGUUUAUAUUAUUAGUAUUGGUUUGAUAGGUUUUUCUUUUUUUUGUUUUGAAGUUUUUAGUUUGGGUUUAUGUGUUCCUUUUUUAUUAAUAAUGUAUAAUGUUUUUUGGUUAGUUAUUUUUUUUUGCGGAUUUAAGUUAAGUUUAACUGUUAGUUUUCAAACUUUUUGUUCUUGGGGUUUUUUUUGUCUUGGGGAUUUGGAUUUGUUUUUAUGGUUGUGUUUUGUGUUUUUGUCUUUUAAAUUUUAUGAUUGGGUCUUUAUUUUUUGUGGUUGGAGUUAUAUUGUCUGCGGUAAGGGUUGUUUUAGCCUUUUAUUGUUUAAAAUUAUUUUUAUUUAA